AUGGCGACGAAUGGUAGCGGGAAGCCGAAGAUGAAGGUGUCCUUCAUCAUUCGUGAUGAAAAUGAGCAUCGACAUCGAGCUGCCGUAUCAGCGCUACAGUACGAUGCAUCAACGGGUCGUCUCUUCUCAGCAGGGAAUGACACUAUAAUUCGACUAUGGAAGGUUCCUUUCGCUGGCACAAAGGAAGCUUGGCCGUCGGCCAGAAACGGAACCACUCAUCAUUCUGGCGCUCUUCCUCCUCAGCAUGCUAUAUUCAUCCAAGCUAUGGAACAUCAUACAGACUGGAUUAAUGACAUGAUUUUGUGCUGCAAUGGACGAUUUUUACUGUCAGCCUCGAAUGACACCACAGUAAAGGUGUGGAACGCCACAAAGCACUUUUGUAUGUCGACGUUGAGGACGCAUAAGGAUUAUGUGAGUUGCUUGGCUUAUGCAAAAGAACAUGAACGGGCCGCAAGCGCUGGAUACGAUCAAUCUGUGUAUCUUUGGGACAUAGCGACGUUGACAAAACUUACGACAACCAACAAUACAGUGACCACUUCGUCACUUAUGGGCUGUAAGAACAGCAUCUAUGCGUUGGCUAUGAAUGAUGCAGGAACAGUGAUAGUAUCAGGAAGCACAGAGAAGGUGCUUCGAAUAUGGGAUCCUAGGACGUGCCAGAAAAUCAUGAAACUCCGAGGUCAUACAGAAAACAUUCGAGCGAUCGUGAUCAGUCCUGAUGGAACGAAGUGUUUGUCAGCAAGUGCUGAUGCAACGGUACGUUUGUGGGAUUUGGGACAACAGCGAUGCAUUGCUACUUGUUUGGCCCAUCAAGAAGGUGUCUGGACACUACAGACGGACAGUUCAUUCUCGUUUAUGUACAGUGCUGGAAGGGACAGACGGGUGUUUCGAACACCCAUUUGUGAUUUCGCUCAAAGUCAACUGCUAUUUGAGGAAGAUGCCUUUGUGAAACGACUUCUUCUGGACGAUCAUGACCAUCCCACUGCUAUUUGGUCAGCAACGUGGAAUUCAACUAUAAAGAGAUGGCCUCUACCGUCGAAUACUCAGCUUUCGAUUGGUGAUGGUCAGGUGGAAGAUGACUUUGGGCACCUCGCUAUCAACGCACUGCAUCGCGCACCUGAUUUAAUUACUCCUGGAGCAACAUCAGUAAAACAUGCCGGUAUUCUCAAUGAUAAACGUCACGUGAUCACCAAAGAUUCGGAUGAUUGUAUAGGACUGUAUGAUGUGUUAGCAGGGAGAAAGGUAGCAGAUUUCGGAAAAAGAUCAUUCGAGGAUGUUGUGCUGGAGCAUAACAGGAAAGUAUUUGUACCGAGCUGGUUCUCUGUCGAUUACAAAAGUGGAAUGCUUCAAAUUACUCUCGAGGAAGGCGACGUGUUUUCUGCAUGGCUGUCAGCAAAAGACGCUGGUGUAGAUGAUUCGGAUAACAAGAUAAACUACGGUGGAAUGAUGCUGCGAUCACUGUUUGAACAUUAUCAGCACUGUGAUAUGGGAGCUGAAGGAUCAGAAACAGCUUUGGCGACGGCUGGAUAUAUUUCUAUACCUGGUCAUACGCCGAUUAUUCUCUCAGAAGUUAACGGCAGAACUGUGCUACGCCUCUUAGUACGCGAUGCGGCGAAUGAGGCUGAAUCAGCAUGUUUAGCUAAGGAUCUACCAGAAUGGAUCACCGCAGUUGUGGAGCGCAGCAUGCUGCCGAAAUUCACCAAAAUGCCGUUUUAUCUGUUACCCCAUGCCAGUCUCAAUGUAAAAACGCCGAAAAAAGAUCGUCUGUCAGCAACUGAAAUGCUACAAGUUCGUAAAGUUAUGGAACAUGUAUACGAAAAAAUUCUGAACAGUACGGAGACGACUGUCGGCGAAACUCCAAUGCCUGUCCAAAUCCCCACGAAUAUAGAACAAAAAAUGGAAUUAUACUGUAAUGAUCAGAAGCUCGAUCCAGACAUGGAUCUACGAUCAGUGAAACAUUUUGUAUGGAAACAAGGCGGUUCAGUUUCCACCCUUUGGUUCUUCCUUGCAUCCAAUCAUCGUGGAUGUUUCCAUAUUUCAUCUACGACUUUUUGUUUCUUGUACUACCAGUGCUUCUUAUUGUGGAAAAAUGAGUGCGUAGCCAGUAUUGGGUCCAAUUCAUGUCUACCUCAUUCGAAAUGA